ACUUCCAGCUCAAUGACAGCUGCUCUUUGUCAUGAUGCGUAUAACGCCAUUAACCAGUUGUUUAACCUGCACACAGGUGCCAUCACAAAACAAAUAAAGCUGCUUAUUACGUGUCUUUCAAGGCGUCUAGUCAAAUCCCUUUGUUUUCUUGUUUGUUUCCUUAAAUUUUCAUUAAUUCUUGUUUUUGGGCAUGUCAUUUACCAGGAAUGCCUUCUUACUUAAUCCAUUUGCUUGAUUCGUGAGUUGAAACGGUACUCUAGGAGGUAUUAUGUGUCGCAGUGGGAAGGCUUAAGUGAGUCACCUGUUAAGGGGCCGGCAAUCACACACAAUGCUGAAAAGAAAGUAGACGGCCAACUUCCUUCAGUAGAUUAAACACAUACUCGCUACAAAAAUGUCAAAUGAGACAAGCUGAAAGGAUUUACUUACCUUUUCUGUAGCGUGGUGGCCGUUUAAAGAAGGCAGAAUGCGGGACAGGUUGGAGAGGCUGCAGACCAUUAGAGAGGAGCAGGAGGAGUACGAGCCCGAAUUCUAUGGGUUUGAGUAUGAUGUAGACAAGGGAACUUUGUCUCAUCAAGCGGUAAUAUUUGAGAGCUCCUCAGCUACUGAGGUCAUCCUAAAGGAGGCUGAGUCAAUACGCAAGGAGAUCUCCCUGCUCCACUUGGAGGUGGCACGUCUGCACGCCCACAACGAACGAUUUGGCACCUCUGUGCGCCGCCUGACCCUUAUUAAAAAGGAUUGUGACUCCAUUGCCAGAGGGAUCCAACAGCGGGGGGAGGCUCUGUACGCCCGUCUACAGGUCCUGGGUAAACGGAGCAAAGAGCUUGAAGAGAAAGAGGGCCCCAACAGUGCUGUUAGUCGCAUUGCCCGUGCUCAGUACGAGUCACUGACCUGCGCCUUCCACAGUGCUAUGACUGACUACAGUAAGGCGGAAGAGGUUCAGAGGAAUACCUGCAGGGUGAGGAUCCAGAGGCAGGCCUCAAUACUGGGGAAAGAAAUCACUGAUGAGCAGCUGGAUGCGCUGGUGGACAAAGGUGGUGAGGGCUGGGCGGAGCUGUCCCAAGGCCUUCAGAAUCAGAGUGUACGCUCUUGCCGCGCUGCGUUGUGCGAGAUCAAAGGCAGACACAAGGACCUGGUGGAGCUGGAGGCCAGGAUGAAGGAGAUCCACGAACUGUUUCUCCAAAUGGCCAUACUAGUGGAGGAGCAGGGAUCCAUGCUCAAUAACAUUGAGGCUCAUGUGUGCAACACUGUGGAAUAUAUUGAAAAAGUCCACGUUCAUAUGAAGAAGGCCAUACAGUACAAGAGGAAAAACCCUUUCCUCCAGUGUUGCCCCUGUCUACUGUGCUGGAAAAACGACCAAACUUUUUAGGACUGUGUUUGACGUAAAUGAUUGAAAUUCUGAUUAAACAUUUAACUAUUUACGUAAAAGAUAUGGAACUAAACAAAAAGGAAAAAGUAAUGUGGAAUAUUUUGAUGAAAGACGAUGGCACUAAGUGCACUGAAGACAGUUCUUCCCUGGGUAGAAACACAAUGUAUUUCUGUGAAAGGGAGUAAUUUGUAAGCUCAAAAUCUAUCAAAUUACAGAUAAUGUUAUGAUCACAGAAUUUACCCCUGUAUGUAUUUGAGAGAAGUUUUAACAAAUUGAUGUUUUAAGUUGAGACUGUUAUCGUGUUCAGUGAUGCACAAAAUAAACUAUAGCUGUAGGAAAAAAAGAUCGGCUAGUUUUUCCAGAUUCUUUGAGUCUAAGUAAGCGUAAAAACAUUUGACACCCAAAUGAUCCAGACAUAAUCACAACUAACAAGAGCUGUACUGUGUAGCUUUUAACUAAAUGUCAUGUCAGACUGAGAUAAAACUAAGUUAUAUCAGUAAGAGGUGCAGUGAGUAUGAUGUAGACAAGGGGACUUUGUGUGUACAUUUCUCUUAUAUUACACUGGCCCAAGAUUAUUUUGCGUUAAUGUAACAAAAUGAUCUAA